GUUUGGCUUUGGACAACGACCCCGCCAAAAAUUUCGGCCGAAAGUCGACCUCGCCUACGACCUUGAGCCAACCCUCUUUUCUCGAGUCUCGCAGCCAUGACCGCCGAACUAUCAGCAGCGCCCGUCCUCUCGACCCCGGCGGAACACGUCUUCGAGUAUGCUGUGACCUCCCCAGAAGCCGACGCCCAGGCGCCGCCGAAAUCCGACGAUGAGCUGCGCGCCGUGUACGAGAUUGCUCGGACGGCGAGGGAGGUGCGCCAGGGCGGGUGGAAGAGGAUAGCCCUCCAGUUCCCCGACCACAUGCUGCGAGAUGGGCCACGCGUGGUCCAGGCACUGAACGCAGAGCUCGAGUCCCUCGGCCGGUCCGGCGAUCCAUCCGAACGACCGGAAAAGAUAUACAUCCUGGCCGAUACUUCCUACAGCGCGUGCUGCGUCGACGAGAUCGCUGCCGAGCACGUCAAUGCCGACGUCGUGGUGCACUACGGCCGCUCGUGCCUCUCUCCAACCUCCCGCCUCCCCGUCGUCUACGUCUUCACCCACCACGACCUCGACCACGGCGAGACCCUGGCAGCAUUCGAGAAGCAAUAUCCCGACAAGGACGCCGAGGUCGUCCUCAUGGCCGACGUGACCUAUCAGGACCACGUGCCAGCGCUCGCGUCCGAGCUGCACAAACGCGGCUACGCCAACUUGCUCUCCACAGCCAUCGUUCACGACCCGACCGGCGCCAUCCCCAACCGCAAACUCGUCCUCCCCGGCGGCGAAGCAACCGACGCGGACCCCUCCGCCGUCGACCUCAAGUCCCACUCCAUCUUCCACAUCUCCACCCCCCCGACCGCCCUCCUGCUCGCCCUCUCCUCCCGCGUCCGCGACCUCCACAUCCACCCCACCACCGACCCCACCAGCGGCGCGACGUCGUCCGCCGCGGCCUUCUCGACGGCCCGCCUCCUGGGCCGCCGGUACGCCCGCCUGCUGACGCUGGCCUCGGCCGGCAUCAUCGGCAUCCUGGUCAACACGCUCUCGGUGGCCAACUACCUGUCGUCGGUCGAGGCGAUCCGGGCGCGGAUCGCCGCCGCGGGCAAGAAGAGCUACACCGUCGUCGUCGGCAAGCUCAACCCGGCCAAGCUGGCCAACUUUGCCGAGGUCGAAGGCUGGGUCGUCGUCGGCUGCUGGGAGAGCAGCCUCGUCGAGGACGGCGACGCCGACGGCUACUACCGGCCCAUCGUCACCCCCUUCGAGCUCGACCUCGCCCUCGUCGGGGACGACCGGAGGGUCUGGACCGGCGAGUGGUGGGGCGGCAUCGAAGUCCUCGGGCGGGCGAGCGGUAUGGAGAAGGAGGAGAAGGUAUCGGGGGAGGAGGCGGGUGUGCGAGGUAAGAUGGAGAUGGGAGGAGAGAACGAGAGGGUCAAUGGGAGCAGGGACGAGGAUAGGAACGAUGAAGAGGAGGAGGAGGAGGAUGAGGAGGAGUCCGCACCGCCCGAGUUCGAUCUGAGGACCGGAAAGCUGGUCAGUCACAGUCGGCCGAUGAGGAGCGGGACAACGAGGGCGAACGGCAAGGCCAAGCAGGAGGGAGGGACACGACCGGAAGAAGGGCAGGCCAGAUCGAGCAGCGCGCUGGCCCUCCGGCCCAAGGCGGAGCUGGCCACGGUCAACGGGGUGGUCAGCCCUGGCGCCGAAUACCUCCGGUCGCAGCGCACUUGGCAGGGUCUCGGGAGCGACUACGUCAUGGAGGAGAGCGCCGCUAUCGAGGAGGGCAGGAGUGGUGUCGCCAGGGGGUACACAGUCGGUGAAGCUGCAGAGCGGAGGUAAUUAGGAGGGGGAGCCGUGCGAGAGCCAGAAUCGGAAUGCGCACAUAUUGACCCCCACUGCAUCUUUUCCUUUCGGCGCCAUGCGAAGACUCCCUCUUCCGU